AUGGACGACUCUCCAAAGAGCUCUGAAGCGUACGACAGUCCUCUCAAGCUCCCCAGCAUUCAGUCUAUUGACCUCGACGACUCGGCUGUAGAAGCAUUCCUCUCAUUUGGACCACAGACGCCUGCCACGGCGGAUUCCGACCUAGCCGAAGAGAGGCACUUGCACGAAUUGGCGUUGCAGUUUGAGCCCUCGCCCGCCAUCGCCUUCCAAGCCACCAAGACCAGAGCGUUUACAGACGCCUUGGCUCAGAAGCUGCUGGUGCAUCCAGCAUCAUCCCCUGGUUCGUCCAAGUGUGAGGAUGCUGAUAGCUCGAGUCCAACUAAGAGUAAUGCAGCGGACCUAUCAGAGGCAUCGUCGAGUUCCGUCGCCUCUCCGGCUACCUCAGUCUCGUGGACGCCCUGUUCGAGUCUGCUCGGCACUCCGAAACUUCUGUCUCCGAGAGCGUCGGCAAGGAACCACGGCAUUGUUCCUCAGUUGCAGAACAUUGUGGCCACUGUGAAUCUCUGCUGCCGACUGGACCUGCGCCGGAUCGCGCUGAUGGCCCGGAACGCCGAGUACAACCCGAGACGCUUCGCUGCCGUCAUCAUGCGCAUACGAGAGCCGAGGACGACGGCGCUGCUCUUCAACUCCGGCAAGGUGGUCUGCACGGGGGCCAAGAGCGAAUUUCACUCCCGGGUCGCCGCACGGAAGUUCGCACGCAUAACGCAGAAACUUGGUUUCGACGCCCAAUUUUCGGACUUCAAAAUCCAGAACAUCGUGGCCAGUGCCGACGUCGGGUUCUUGAUAAAGCUCGAAGCUCUGGCCCUGAAUCACCCGCAGUUUUCGUGUUACGAGCCAGAGCUGUUCCCUGGUCUCGUUUACCGGAUGGUCAGGCCGAGUGUUCUCCUGCUGGUGUUUGUAUCCGGAAAAGUGGUUUUGACAGGUGCUAAAGUGAGGCAUCAACUCUACCAGGCGUUCGACAACAUCUACCCAAUUCUGGAGAAGUACAAAAGUGUUUGAGAAACAUUGCCUAAGUUAUUUCAAAAAGGUUUGCCCUAUGUGGAC